AUGGCUUCAAGAGAUCCCGCUUCCGAUCAGCUCGUUAACUACAAAAAAUCUAUAAAGGGUUCACCUGGGUCUAUUACCACAAAAUAUGGUGCACCAGUUGGAAUUAAAACUGCUGUUCAAACAGUAGGAAAACGUGGACCUCUUCUACUUCAAGAUUCUCAAUUUUUAGAUGAGUUAUCAUCUUUCGAUAGGGAACGUAUCCCAGAAAGAGUAGUUCACGCAAAGGGUGCUGGUGCUUUUGGAUACUUUGAAGUUACGCAUGACAUCACUAAGUAUUCAGCGGCUAAAGUGUUCGAAUCCAUUGGAAAAAGAACACCCAUUGCUGCCCGAUUCUCUACUGUUGGUGGGGAAAGUGGAUCAGCUGAUACUGUCCGUGAUCCCCGUGGAUUUGCUGUCAAGUUCUAUACAGAUGAUGGAAUUUGGGAUAUUGUUGGAAAUAAUACACCUAUUUUCUUCAUCAGGGACCCUACACUAUUUCCAAGCUUUAUUCAUACUCAAAAAAGGAAUCCUGCUACUCACUUGAAAGAUGCUGAUAUGUUUUGGGACUUUAUGACAUUAAGACCUGAGACCAUGCAUCAGCUCAUUUACAUGUUCGGAGACAGGGGUAUUCCUGAUGGUUACAGGUUCAUGAAUGGUUAUGCUUCCCAUACUUUUAAACUUGUGAACGCUCAAGGACUCGCACACUGGGUAAAGUUCCACUAUAAAUCCAAUCAAGGUAUUAAAAACUUGUCAGUUGAUAAAGCUGCAGAACUUGCUUCAUCAGAUCCGGAUUAUUCUAUAAGAGAUCUUUACAAUGCUAUUGGUAGGGGUGAAUACCCAACAUGGACUUUGUAUAUUCAAAUCAUGACUAUGGCUGAAGCUGAAAAUUGUAAGUUCAAUCCAUUUGAUUUAACUAAAAUCUGGCCUCAUGGUGACUACCCUCUUAUUCCUGUGGGUAAGUUGGUGUUGGAUAGAAACCCUAAAAAUUACUUCGCAGAAGUUGAGCAAAUAGCUUUUAGUCCAUCUAACUUGGUGCCUGGCAUUGAGCCUUCACCCGACAAGGUGUUACAGGGUCGAUUAUUUGCGUACAGCGACACCCAUCGCCACCGUCUUGGUGCUAAUUUCUUGCAGAUCCCAGUUAACUGCCCAUACCGGGUAACUGUUGCCAAUUACCAACGCGAUGGACCACAAAAUUUGUGUAACCAAGCCGAUGCACCUAAUUAUUUCCCGAACUCAUUCUCUGGACCUCAAGAAUGUCCACGUGCUGAACGUGUUGUACAAAGAUACAGCUUGAGCGCUGAUGUUGACAGAUACGAUAGUGGCCUGACUGAGGAUAACUUUUCACAAGCUAGCGUUCUCUAUAAAAAGGUCUUUAGUGAUGCUGAAAAGGAACGUGUUGUUGUUAAUCUUGUAGGCAAUUUGAAAGACGCUGCUGCCUUUAUUCAAGAACGUGCCAUUAAGUUGUUGACUCAGGUUGACUCAGACUUAGGCAACAAGGUGGCUGCUGGACUUGCUCCAUACAAAAAAUAUCAUGCAAACUUG